CGUGUGUCUUAUUCUACGGUUUUUGUGCUGUGGCUCUAAGAGGCUGACUGUUGGAGAGUGCUGAUUAUUAUAAGUGCAGAGGAGUUAUCUGGUGGCUAAGUCAUAUCUGAAGGCAUAUUGGAGUGUCUCGGUGAUCAACAUGAGUACUGCUACACCGAGGAAAAGACGAACAUCAUCUGCUACAUGUUCCCGCCGUGGAAACAGCAAGAGGAGCCGGACCCAGAUGUCUCAAACCGCGAUGGAGACCAUUGAUGUGCUGGAAAGUGACAGAACUAACAGUGAAGAUGUGGUAGAUUUAACAUGCGAAGGGUCUGAACCUGCGGUUGUUGACCUCACCAAUAAUGAUUCUAUAGUGGUUGUGGAAGAUGGUGUGCAAAGCCGACGUGGACAGGGCACAGAGAGUUAUGUACUGAGCAGUGACGACGAGGAAGAGUCCAGUCUUCGACUCAGUCCAGGCUUACUGUCCUCUCUACAUGCCAGUUCGCGAGCCAGGUCUACACCAGGGGCUGUUAGCUGUCCUGUUUGUAUGGAUGCUUAUUCAGAGAUCAUCGACAGUGGUCGGCUCAUGGUCUCCACAAAGUGCGGCCACCUUUUCUGCAGUCAGUGCAUCCGCGACUCUCUCAACAGAGCUCACAGCUGCCCUACAUGUAGAAAGAAACUCACACACAAACAGUAUCACCCAAUAUAUAUCUAAUGGUAAAAACUCGUCCGUGUGCAUCUCUCAGAGUACGCUCUCAUGAAACUUCACAGCUCCAUAUUUUCACUGGCUGUUUGAUAUUUUACACAUCAAUGCCGAGAUGAUAUUAGGCAUUAUUUUGACUUGUGGGAUUCUGUUGGAACUAAAAGGGCACUUAGUCCAGAAUUUAGUAUUUUUAAAUUGUG